UUCUACUGCGACCCUCUACUGCGACCCUAGGAACACACAGAAAGUCAGGGGAACAUACAGUACAUGCAGGAGACACCCUUAUGCCACAGAGUUGGACACCUUCUCCCCUACUCCAUGUCAGAUUCCAACACAACUGACUUCACCAACCCCUCCACCUUCAUCCUGCUGGGCAUUCCUGGCCUGGAGGCAGCCCAUGUCUGGAUCUCCAUCCCCUUCUGUGCCAUGUACGCCACAGCUGUGUUGGGGAACUUCACCAUCCUGUUCAUCGUGAAGAGGGAGCCGAGCCUCCAUGGGCCCAUGUUCUAUUUCCUCUGCAUGCUGGCCGUCACUGACCUGGUCAUGUCCACAUCCACCCUGCCCAAAAUGCUGAGCAUCUUCUGGUUCAAUUCCAGGGAGAUAGAUUUCAGUGCCUGCCUCACCCAGAUGUACUUCAUUCACUGCUUCUCAGAGAUGGAAUCUGGAAUCCUUGUGGCCAUGGCUUUUGAUCGCUACGUGGCCAUCUGCCAUCCUCUGAGAUAUUCCACGACCCUGACAAACUCUGUUGUGGCCAAGAUAGGCAUGGCCGUGGUGCUGCGCAAUGGCAUACUCGCAUUACCCUAUCCCUUCCUGGCAAGGCGGUGGCCAUAUUGCAGAACCAAUAUCAUCCCCCACUCCUAUUGUGUGCAUAUAGCCAUGGUGAAGCUGGCCUGUGCUGACAUCCGCAUCAGUAGUUACUAUGGCCUGUUUGAUCUUUUCUCUGUGAUCGGAAUGGAUGUAUUUUUUAUUGCCGUGUCCUAUACUCAGAUCCUCCGGGCCAUCUUCCGCCUCCCCACAAAAGAUGCCCGGCUCAAAACUUUUGGGACCUGCAUCUCUCAUCUUUGUGCCAUCUUAGCUUUGUACAUCCCAGAUUUCUUCUCCUCUCUCACGCACCGGUUUGUCCACAAUGUUCCACUGCAUUCCCUCAUUCUCAUUACCAGCGUGUACCUGCUGGUGCCCCCCGUGCUGCACCCCAUCAUUUACGGAUUGAGGACCAAACAGAUCCGGGGCAGGCUGCUCCAACUAUUUACACAUAGAGAGACCUAA